GUCAGAGCUGCGUCUCGCGACCCAGGCGCCGGUUGCCGGAGGAGAGCGAGAGAACGAGCAAUGCUGCCGCCGCCGCUUCCUGAUUGGCUGCGGGUGGCUCCCUCUUCCUUCUGAUUGGCAGCCGGUGGACUGGAUGAUGCUGAGCAAGGGCCUGAAACGCAAGCGGGGGGAGGAGGAGGAGGAGGAAAAGGAAUCCCUGGCAGUGGACACCUGGUGGCUGGAGUCCAGCCAUCCUGCAGUCGCACAGGCACCCCUGGCUGGAGCCUCCAGUUCUCUCUUUGACCUCUCGGUGCUCAAACUCCACCACAGCCUGCGACAGAGUGAGCCGGACCUGCGGCACCUGGUCCUGGUGGUCAAUACAUUGCGGCGCAUCCAGGCAUCCAUGGCACCCGCAGCUGCCCUGCCAUCUGUGCCCAGCCCACCCACAGUCCCCAGCGUGGCCGACAGCCUGCUGGCCAGCUCGGACGCCGGCCUCUCAGCCUCCAUGGCCAGCCUCCUGGAGGACCUCAGCCACAUUGAGGGCUUGAGCCAGGCCCCGCAGCCUCAAGUAGAUGAGGGGCCACCUGGCCGCCCCACUGGGGGAACCCCACCUGACCUGGGUACCUUGGACCUGCUAGGCCCAGGCACUGGCUGUCUGCUGGACGAUGGGCUGGAAGGCCUGUUUGAGGACAUUGACACCUCUAUGUAUGACAGUGAACUUUGGGCACCAACCUCUGAGGACCUCAAACCCAGCCCUGAGGAUGGGCAAGGGAAGGAGGAGGCUCCUGAGCUGGAUGAGACUGAGCUGGACUACCUCAUGGACGUGCUGGUGAGCACACAGGCACUGGAGCGGCCACCAGAGCCCGGACGCUGACCCCCCCGGGUGAAUGGGUGUCUGGUGUCCAAACUGAGCCUGGUGGCUCAACUGGCUCUCCUUGGAAGGAAACAACUGAGAGAGGGGCUUGGGAGAGACCGAAUCUUGUCCUGGGCAACUUGACCUCCAUCUCUAGUCUGGGGUUGAUGGGGGAUCCGCCCUCAUGAUAGAAUGACAGGGUGAUUGGACCAGGCCCUGCGCGGGACCGAAUCCCCUGAGGUCAUAGUUUGGGGUAUUCCUACCCUGGUUGGGAGGAGACCCCGACCGUUUUUUUGACAUUAAACAAAUUCUGGGAAAUGUCACGUCGUGUGCUUCUCUAAGGCGAGGGUAAGCGGACAGCAUUGACAUAUUCUGAGUGGGACCAAGCCUCCAGCAGCUUCCACACAGUGCAUGUGUGUGACCUCACUGAAUCCUCAUAACCACCCCACAGGAUGAGCAUUAUUGUUAUGAUCACCCCCAUUUUACAGGCUCCAAGAGAUCACUUGAAGAAAUGGGUUUCAAUCCAGGCUUUAUUGGCCUGAGGAGAUCAAUUAUUACCUUUAACCUGCCCUGUAGACAAACUCUGGAAUACGCUCAGCCAAGUUUCCCUGGUGUGAGUGUGAGUGUGUGAGAGAGUGUGUGUGUGGGGGGGGGUAAUGGUGACAGCGGAGAAGCUCCCAGACCCCACCUGUACGUCUUCAAGGCUGGGGGUGGGGGCAAAAGGCAGCUCUCACAACGAGCCAGAAACCGAAGGCUGGAUGGCGCCUCUCCCCGGUUCUCGAGGAAAAUGGUGAAAAGGGACACUCCAGCAAGUCAUACAAAAAUAAAUAAAACCGUCACCGGGCCUCGAUCUCUCUUUGGCCUGGGGAGAGAGCAGUCGGGAGGCGGGCU